UUUAACCAACUGGAUGGCAACGUGGACCGGAGAAGCUACGAAGGUGUCUACGAACUCGAUUCUAAUGGUCGUCCUCUGAAUCCACGCGGUCGUACCGGCGUGGUUGGUCGUGGUCGCUUGGGACGGUGGGGUCCGAACCACGCUGCGGAUCCUAUUGUUACAAGGCACAGGCUACCUUUUUGUAGAAAUCCGUGGAAAGUUGACGAUACUGGAGCCAAAGUUAUUGAGUCGCAUAGUGGGAAACCGAUUCUGCAGUUUGUUGCUAUCAAGCGGAAAGAUAGUGGGGAAUGGGCUUUACCUGGUGGUAUGGUUGAUCCAGGAGAGGAGGUCUCUGCUACUUUGAAGCGUGAAUUUUCAGAAGAAGCCAUGGGGCUACUGGAUGUCUCUGACAAGGAAAAAGAAAGGCUUCGUUCUGAAGUCAACAAGGCCUUUAAUGAAGGUUAUGAGAUUUACCGAGGAUAUGUAGAUGAUCCAAGAAAUACAGACAAUGCGUGGAUGGAGACCGUCGCUGUAAACUUUCAUGAUGAAAAUAGAACUGGCCUCGCCUUGUUCAAAUUGUCAGCAGGCGAUGAUGCAGCUGCAGUGCGGUGGGUUGAUGCAGAUCCUAACCAAGACCUCUACGCCAGCCAUCACCAUUUUCUUGAGCUGACAGCUAAAUUGCGCAAUGCUUUUUGGGACGUUUAA